AGUUUCUUUUAAAAAUAAGCAGCUCAUGUGUAAUUUUUUUUUACUACUUAUAUCUGCAGUUAAGAUUUUUAAAUCUCCAUAUACGAAUUAUCUUAGUAAAUGGCCAAGACCGAGAUGAACAGAGAUCUUGGCCGACAUGGUAAGCAACAAAAUUGAAAGGAAUUUAGAUUUUUUGAGAUUUGAACUGAUGAUUUUGGAUCGAGAUGUUGAAAUCUCAGCCGACAGUAAAUCCAAGUUACAAAUACUAAACCAUCGAUUUCUAGAUUUAUUAAUUUAAAAUUUGUUUAAAGAAGAAAAAUGGUUGUCUGUACCAUAUCAGUUGGUAUUUUGGAUUAUAUCAGUUCAUAUCGAUUGAGAUAAAGAGGGAUGGGAUGGAAAUCUUGCUUGAAUAUGUAUGUAUAGAUGAGAUCCAUGGUCCAUAGUAUUAGGGUUGUUUCCAAGCUUGAAUGUUUGUGAAAAUUUGAACGCAUUAGAAGUUUCAAUUCAAGCUUGAUGUGCCAUAGGUUAAUCUUUACAAGAAUGAGAUCGAUCGUCGUGGAAUUCAUCGGACUCUAUUCCACGCGGUCCCCUUGUCAUUUAUCUCAGUCUCAAGACCUUUCACCAGACGUAAUUUUAUCAGAGGAGUUAUGGAAUUAAGGCUGACGGCUGUGAUUUAACAGCACUUGUCACAGGAUUUGUGCGUGUCCGGCGAUGGGAUGUUUACAGACCACUGAGAAGCGGUCGUAGAGAAAACGGUCGGAGUCCGGCAUUUCAUGCGAGCCAGACAUGCUCUUUCCCCACCGCUUCUCUCGGGGCGCAGACUCCACAUUAAAGCCACCUAAAACUCCCAUUCCUCUUUCCUUAAUUGCCUCCUCUCCCUUCUCCUCCUUUCUUCUCCAACAACCCCCCGUUUCACUUCCUUUCCGAUUGAUAGAAAGAUACGAAGAAACCAUGGCUGCUAAGUUCCGACCUGUUCUCGCUGCUCUCUGCCUCAUUUCGGCCCUCCUCGGGAUCGCUGAUACCACCCCAACUCCAACCUUUCACGUUCGCGGUCGAGUUUACUGCGACACCUGCCGUGCUGGCUUCGUUCAUGAAUACACCGAAUACCUCGAAGGGGCCAAGGUGAGGCUGGAAUGCAAGCACUAUGGAAGCGGUGAAAUAGCUCAUCGGUCGGAGGAGGCAGUGACCGACGGCAAUGGAAACUACGUGAUCGACAUCACGGACGAUCACCAAGAAGAGACCUGCGAGGUGGUUCUCGUGGAGAGCCCGCGCGACGACUGCAAGGAGAUUCCGGCCGACCACGGGAUCCGUGCGCGUGUCAUGCUGACCAGCAACAAUGGCAUAUCCUCCGAGUGGCGAGAGGCCAACCCCAUCGGCUUCUUGAGGGAUGCACCCCUGCCCAAGUGCGGGGCCAUGCUCCAGCGUUACGCCCUCUUCACCGAUGACGAUUUGUAUUGAUGGUUGAUGGUCCUUUCCGAAAUGCCGCCGUUAGCAUGAAUAGCCUCCCUUCACGUCCCUCGUUAUCACUUCACUCAGCUACGCUCUUCAGCUGAUGCUGUUGUGUUUCACUUUUUUUUUCUUUCUUUUUUCUUUUGCCCCCCCCACACGGCAAAGGGAAUCAUAGCUUGUCUUUGCAGAAAU